GCCCCGUUCCCGUCCCGUCCCGUCCCGGCGGGAUGCCCGGCCCGGAGCGGCGGCAGCGCCCGGCUCGGCAGCAUGAAGAAGCAGCAGGCGCACUCGGUGCAGGGCACCUUCAGCCGCCUCUUCGGCAAGCGCCACGCCGGCCCCAGCGCCGCCUCGCUCUUCGCCGCCAACCCGCCCUGGAUCUUCGCGCAGGAGGUGACCUCGGACAGCGCGGGUGGCACCGGUGAUGUGAUCGAGGUCUAUUACGGUGACAAUCGCUUCGGGACGGUGACAGACUCCGGCACUGCCACGCUCAAGCCCCGUCCCAGGGUCCGGCCGCUGCUGACCUUCCUGCCCCUGAACGCCCAAGAAUCCCAUGGGGUGGCUGUGCCAACGCCGUCGGUGCCAGAAGACUUUGUGGAAAAGGCAGCUCUUGGCUCUGGCUCCCAGCUCAAUGGCAACUCUCGGAUGUACAGCUCGGCGGGGGACCUGCGCCCGCAGGCCCUCGAUGGGGAUGACCUGGAUGAAGACAUCCCCCCACCGCCAUCAGUACCCCCUCCACCCCCUCCGGCACCUGUGUCACCCCCUCUGGCCUCGCCGGUCCCUCCACCCCCCGAAAUGCUGCCACCGCCGCCACCACUGCCACCGGAGAUAGUGCCACCACCACCGCCACUGCCACCGGAGAUGGUGCCACCGCCGCUGCCCCCCGAGAUGGUGCCACCGCCUCCUGCCACGGCAGCCCCGCCGCCUCCCGCCUCUGCGCUGCCCUCCCCCAGCACUCCGGCUCCUCCAGAUUUCAUCCCGCCAGCCCCGCCGGGCGCCUGCGACCCCUUCGGCCCCGGCCUGUCCAAGUGGAAGUCGGAGACGGUGCUGAACACGCGGCAGGCGGAGGCCGAGGGGCCGCUGUGCCCCGCCGAGGCCGGGGCGCCCGCAGCCCCCAGCCCCAAGGAGAGCCUGCAGCCCAAGCCCGAGCCGCACCUCACCUUCCCCAGGUCCUUCAAGGUGCCGCCGCCGGCCCCGGCGCGCUCCUCGUCCAUCCCGGUGCAGGAGGGCCAGCGUGGCCAGCGGGAGCCCGUGCCCAGGCAGCCUCACGCCCGGCCGCCCCUGCCACCCUGCUUCACCAUCCGAGCCGCGGGCAAGACGCGGCCGGGAGACGGCGAGCAGAGGGGUUCUGGGCUCAGACAGGGCGCUGGGAAGCCGCCUGUGCCCCCUCCGCUGAGCCCCAAGCCGGGCCCGGGGCUCGGCCAAGGGGUGACUCCCACCGGGCGCCGGUCCCCUCUGCCGGGCUCCGAGGGGGAGAAGAUUCCCCAGCUGAAAACAGCCGGGAGAGACUCCCCUCCGAAAUCAGAACCCCUCACUGCGAACGACCUGGAUCUCCCUCCUCCGGACUACCCGACCUGCGAGGAUGACUGGAAGGACGAUGACUGGAAGGAUGCCAACAACCUGAACAAGCUGCGGGACGAGCUCUCGGCCCUGCUGCGCUCCCCACGCCGGGAGGAGAGGCCGCUGGAGAGGCCAGGCGCUCCCCGGCCCGUGGACAGCGGUCCCAGCCGCGCUGGCAGCCGUGAGCCGGCGCUCAGCGAGCCCCAGCCCGCCAGGAAGGACACGGGGUUAUCCAAGGGAGGGGAGAGUGAGAAGAAAGAGGCGCCCAGCAGCCCCCCCAGCACCACUGGGGGCUCUCCCAGCACUGCAGUCACUGCCCCGGAGAGCAACCCUGACACACAGCCCCGCAGUGUGAUGACGAUCAGGAACGAGCUGGAGGCUGUGCUGUCCCUGAAGAAAGAGGGGAAACCUGCCCCAGGGCUCAGCAGCCAGAAGCAGGGUGUGGAGAAUGGCAUCAGCACCCCACAGGUGAGGAAGAGCCCCCCUGACCUGAGGAAGAGCCCUCCUGGCACGAGUGACCCAGUGGUGCCAAAACCAGUGCCCAGCCCGCUCCCAGCCCCAGCGGCUGCUGUGGAGAAGGAUGAGACAAAUCACGAGGAGCAUCCUGCUCCUGCUGCUGCCAAGGACACAGAGGAUGUGAGCCCUGCUCCUGGGUCCCUCAACAGCAGCGUGAAUCCCCCAGAGCCACCCCAGGGACCGGCAGAGGAGCCCCCAGCUCCCAGCCCCUCCUCAGCCCCUGUGUCCCCUGCACAGAGCCCGGCACCACAGCCCAGCUCGGCCGUCUUCCAGUACAAAGUGCACCGGGCAGGGGCCAGCUCGGCCGAGCCGCCCUGUGCCCCGGGCUCGGCCGAGCCUCCCUGUGCCCCGGGCUCGGCCAAGCCGCCCUGUGCCCCGGGCCCAGCCGAGCCGCCCUGCCCCGGGAGCUCGGGCAGGAGCCCCCCGGACACCUCGGGAGCGGGGCAGGAGGAGGUGCUGAUCCACCCGGUGACGGGGGAGCGCGUGGAGCGCGGCUCCCCCAUGGCUCUGCUGCUGGCGGCCCGUCAGCGUGCCCAGCGCGGCCGCCAGGGUGGGGAUGGGGCGGCCGCGCUCAGGGCGAAGCCAGCCCUGAGACUCGGCAGUGCCUCUUCGGACACCACCUCCCCCAGCUUCUUCCGCCACGAGUCCAAGCCCUUCUCCUUCACUGUGGUGCCUCGGCCGUCUCUGGGCUGCAGCGGGAGCAAAGCCCCGUCCUUCUCCAGUUCCUCGGAGCAGGGCCGGGACGCGCGGGCGGCGGGCCAGGCGCAGCCCCCCGGGCCCCGGCGAGCCGCGGCCUCCAGCCUGCUCCGGGGCCUGCUGGACUCGGGGCAGCCGAGCCGGCCCGGCCCGGCCCAGCACGGAACACCCAGCGAGGAGGAGAACGGGGACGCGGCGCUGGACUUCGGCAUCAUCCCCCCACCCCCCGAAUUCAGCAACGAGGCGGACGAGGGUCCCCUCCCCAGUCGGGAGGAGAGCCGCAAGUGCCCCAGCGUCCCUGACAGCAGCCGGGGCUCAGGAGAGCCGCGCUAUUACAGGUGGGCUGGCUACAGCCGCAGCUACGGGGGCAGCCAGGAGCCAGCAGCUCCGCUGCCCUCGGAGAAGAGCUGGAGGAACGGCGACUUCACACCCCAGUACCCGGCUUACAGCAGCUCCACCAGUUUCCCCAGCCACGGCCCCAACCCGCGCCCGCUGAUCAAGAAGCGCCUGUACAUGUCGGAGCCCGACAGCUCCUACCCCCGGGCAGCCGCAGCCCCCCGGGCCUCGGGCACCCUCUCCUCCUACGGCCCCGGGGGGUUCAGCUCCACGCCCGGGGAGGGGUCUCGCCGCCUGGGCCCUCCCCACAGGAACGGCCCCUCGAGCGCCCAGGGCCGGCGGGUGUCCACGGACGCGGCUGGGAAACCCACGGCGUACGGCGGCACCGCGGCCGAGGCCAAGUUCAAGGGGCAGAACGGGGACUUCUCACCCGCCAGUGUGCUGACAGCCAGCAGGCCUGCCCACGGCACCUCGCACUACGGGGGACCCUCCAACACCUUCACGGUCCGGCCGGGCACGCGCCAGCCCAUCUCCUACGCCCACCAGAGCCACCGGUAGGCCGGGCCAUGGCGGCUCCGCGGCCGCGAAGGGGCGAGAAGGUGCCUGGCUUGGUCCUUUCCCUCUCCGCGGGCACCAGGGACGGCCCCAAGCCAGCCUGAAAAUGCACUUGCUCCAAGCUGCUGACGGAGAAGGUGGGGAACGAGCCUGAGCCUGGACUUUUCUCAAAAGACUGCCAUGGAGAGUUGUUACUGCGGAGGGCGGACUGCUGCCUCGUUACGUGAGCAAACGUGAUUUCCCUCUUUCCCAUUGUCCCUCCUGGGUUAUUUUCACAAUUGCAGCCUGAUAGGCUGUCUAGAAAAGCCAAAGAGCAUCCUCAACUCUCUCUAAAGAGCAUCACCACUGGAAAGAUUGAUUUCGGUUUGUUUUUUAAUUGGUUUAACUCCACCAUGUUUGGGAGCAGGGAGAAACCAACUGAGAGAUGUGCAGAAUGGAAGCAAAGCAGUGUGUAGAUAAAUGUCAGGGAUUAAAAUAAGAAUGUGAGGCCAGUGGGAUAGGAGGAGAGUUUAGGAUGCCUAGAUCCUGACCCUUGCUGUCUAUCAAGAGUUUGGAGCAAAUAAUUUCUGCCUUAAACGCAGCUCUGAGCAGUCAGUGCCUGUCCUGCCGGGCCGGGCUCUGCCCCUCAUGCAGGAGCAGCUUCGGGAGCAGGGGCCUUGCUUUGCUGUGCCUUUUGGCCACUGUAAAUGUUUCUGUUGGUAAUUAUUCCUAGAGGAAGGAGGCUGUGAGGCCUGGCUGGAAGGCUGAAACGCAGUUUGGAGAUGUAGGACACGGAGCAAUCCUUUUCCUUGGGCUGGCGGGUGCCAGCGACUCGCCCAGGUGCUCUCCCUGAGGGUUCUCUUGCCACUUCACACCCGUGUGACCCCAAAGUGUCCUUGCUAACUGUUCCACUGAGACUCGGCUUCCACGUGCCCGGUCUGGGGAGCGAGGAGCUGAAUUUCAGUGUGACUGUGUUUAUCUGUGGGGUGUGGGGUGUCAGCAGGGACACCCCGGGGGGAGCUGGCUCCCGCUCCUUCCCUCGGUGCUUUUCGGGGUGCUGCUGGGGCAGAUCAGCCCCUGCUCCCCGCUGGUGCCGUGCAGGGCUGGGAGCUGGAGCUGCCUUCAGGGGGGCUUCAGCUUCCAGACUGAGCAGCCUCACACAGCUGACCUGAGCUGGGAAUAGCCAGCUUGCUGAAACUAGAAACAGAGACUCUUCCUCCUAGGUAAACCUGCUGAAAAUCACUGUAAGAUAACUGUAAAAACUUGUAGAGAAUUGUUUCUUAUCACAGAUAAACUAAAAGCACUUUGAGACAUGAGUCUGUUUUUAUGGAAAGCACUUUCUAUUUUCAAUGCUACAAGUACCACUGGUUCCACUCCAGCUUACCCUGCCUGGCACACACCUGGAUGUGGCCUGCAAGUGCCUCUUGCGCUACAAUUCAGCUCAAAAUCAGGGAUAAAUUUUCUUUCCCAGUGGAAUUCUCAAAAGUUAUCUUGAUAUUCGAGUCAUGUCAUUGACAUUCUAUGUUUUGUGUUAUUUCCAGCUUUACCUAAUAAUUUAACAGCCCUCUCAGAUAUUGCAGCAGCUUUAAAGUAUUCUGAACUUCACUUUGCUGUGAAUAAAAUUAAAAUGCAAAUACAAUAAUCAGACUAAUAGCUAAUUCAAAGGGCAUUUUUAUGCCAGCAAGUCACAGUGACUUAGAAGAUUUCCAUUGCUCACCCCAGCCAGUACUGAAAUAAUAGGCUUUUAAUAUCUGGGUGUUGGUUUUAAAAAAAUAUUUAUGGACAAAAGUGACUAUGGAGUAACUAUAAGGACAUUUAAGUGUGCCAAGUGUCAUGUGGAAUACCACCUGCUCUAAAAUAUGGAAUUUUCUCCGUGCAAGGAACACCUUGAGCACUCUUAUUCAGCUGUAGAAGUAAAUCCAAGAUCCUCCUUGAGGAGCUUUAUGGUCAUGUUUUGGUAUUGGAUGAAGUUUCACCAGUUUAACUUGAAGGCAAACAAAGAAGUCUCUUUGAUAAUGUUGCAACUUCAUGGUUUUUUCUUUCUAAUACUUUUUUUUUUUUUCUUUAAAUGAUAAGCUAUAUUUGCAAAUGAGCUCUCAGAAACAAUUUUAAGGCUGGGUGGGCAAUUUCAGCUUUUGAUACUGACUUUGCCCAGAAGUGGGGAGGGCAGGGGGGUAUGUGCAAUGUUCCACCUCAAGAAUUCUUCCAAAUUGCAAUCUCCCCAGCACAAGUUUUUGUUCUUUUUAGAGAAAAAUGUGACACUCCAAUGUUGGUACCUGCUUUAAAUGUCACAUUUACUCCUUCACCCAGACACAGGAUUCAUGUGUAGGUGAAAUAUGGUCUUAGACACGUAGAGUGUCUCAUUGCUAGCAGACAUAGCUGUUUUAAUUUAGUAGUAGAAGUGUGAUAAUAUAAGUGAGCUUUAUAAAAUAGCCACUCUUCAUUCAAGAACACCAUUCAGGGACUGCACGGGGGACUGAGCUGUCAGUAAAUCAGGUUGGACUGCUCCCAGUUGUAGGACUGGUUAGCAUGCAGGUUUUCAGCGGUGGGGCUCUUCUGUUCUUCAAACUCUUUGGACUAUCCCUGCUUCUUUUGAAUGCAUUCAGCAAAUUCUGGUAUUUCAGGAACAGCCCAGCAUUGAUUCUGGGGCCAUUGUGACAAAGGAGCCACUGUCAGAGCUGCUGGCAGCCAAAGCACUUGGGGACAGAGUUAGAUCUCUGAGGAGUGAGGACUGCAGGGAUGGGAACGAGCCCCUCCUCCUGGGACAGGUAACUGCGUCAGGUACUGGGUAAACUGUCCUCCCAUUCCUGCUCCUGCUCCUCCCAGCUCUUUCACUACAGAAAUUUAGCAACAGAGUAAGAAACAAAACCAGGGGGUAUUAAUGGAGCAAAGCACCUGCCUCCGCCCAGUGCUGAGAGCAAUCCCGAAGCAAGCCUGAGUGUAGGAUUAUUCUCACUUCACCCUCUCUGAUGCAGGGUGGUAAUUCAAGUCGUGAUACAACUGAAAUUAUCCCCUGCAGCUGCCUCUUCUCACAAGUUCCUGCUUGGGGAGUGUAACAGGGCUUUAGCUGUGAAGUACUGAACAAAGUCUCUUAUUUAUGAGUGCCAAUGAACACCAACCUUCUUGCAUUAAACAUUUCUGGAUGUUUUA